ACGAGAAACUAGUGAUCUGCCCAGAUGAUCGUUAGUAUUAUUUCUGAAUCAAGCUAUCAGCGUCUACGGACGCUUAGAUUACUAAACACAUCGAUCAAAAGUGCUUCCAUCAUUCAGCAGACAAACCUUGCAACGAAAUGUGCACGCCUCGCGUAGUUAGUCAUAGUUGGUAUUUUUAUGUGUGAAGUGUGCCAAAUGUUGUUCAGUUCAAAAUGAAUAAUCUUCUGAUGUUAUGUUGUCUCAUAUUCAUUCAACCAUUGAUUUCCUCCGCCAAGUUCUACCCAUGUGAUCGGAAGCUAAUUGGGUCAACAUGCUACGUGCUCAAUAUCACCAUUGAACCGGAAGAGAGUCAUGCGACUGUCAUGUUUGAGGACGCACGCCGUUUGGUAAUCGAACACAGCGCCAUUCCGACAUUCUCCGAGUUGUUAUUUCACAACUUGCCAGAUGUGGAGUCAAUCACUUUAAAAGGAGGCAACAUAACCGCAGUGAAUUUCAGCUCCGAUACGCUGACCUCACUACGGAUAGAUAAAACCGGAUUGCAGAACUUGAGCAUAUCACCGGAACCUAACCACAGUUUGAAUACCCUGUUGAUCAAUCGCAACUUCAUCGUUACCCUACCGAAAUCCAUCCGCUACCUGUAUGCCCUUUCUAUCCUAGACUUAUCGCAGAACCGAAUCGAGUACAUUAAUCUAGAUUGGUUCCAACAGAUGAACAACCUGUUGGUGCUGGAUCUCUCGUGGAACCGCAUCGCACGAAUGGACGCAAGUUCCGAACUACGCCUACCCCGGUUAAAAAACUUCUUCGUCAGCUACAACCACCUGUCGCAAAUCCCUUGGUUCCCGAUAGGAUUCCCCAAGCUGGAACGAAUCCGUCUGGCGGAAAACUACUGGAACUGUGCGUGGGUGGCAUCGAUGAGGAAGCAAAUCUGGGACCGCCGGAUCCGGCUGUUCGAUUCGGACGGGGCCUGCAGUGAGAACAGUGAGGGUGGUUUGUGUUGCUACGAUCAGGUUCCGGUGGAUAUUCCCGCUCGCUACGAGCUGAUCGAGAUCGAGUUUCAGGAGCAAGCGGAUGGAGUGAUUUUUGAGAAGAAAGCUCCUGAACCAGCACGGAUGAUGUUGGCAGAGCAACCGGCUGUCGACGGGGAGGAAAAGACCUGUGUCAGAUUGGGAGAUAAAAUUCAAUCGUUGAAACGGGAGAUGUUGGCAUUGGUGAAGCAGAAGGCCGAAAUGGAGCAGCAGUACUCGAAGAAGGUGGCCGCCAUGCAGGAGACUUUGAGGAGCGUUCGGGAAGACUUGGAGGCGGCGGAACAGGAGGUUACACGGUACCGGUAUAAGGAGAGGAUGGACAUGAUUGAUAGGACUGGUAGAAUCAGCACGGGAACAGAACCGAUUGCAAAUGCUUAGAAUAAAUUAUUUGAAUCUGAACUGUGAACUUACUGCAGUUACUAAACCACAACUAUAGAAGUAUUGAAAUCUAUGUUCAUUGACUAAAAAGAUUAGUGAUGAGAGUCAAAUUUUCUGUAAGACUAAGCAGGCCAGCAUAAAUUUGAGCAUUAUUAUUUGAAUUACCCAAGCAACCAAAAGUUCGGAUAAAAUAACAUGCUUGGGCUUAAUCAGCUAUUCGAAGUAAGACGAAUAGCAUUCCAUUCAGCUCACUUUUUAAGUAAUUAACCGAACUUGAGUUUACAAAAUGUACAAAAGGAAUGCUUUUCAGCUUAAUAAUAAGCUUCGAAAACAUGAAAAAAUGCACUUAGUUCUCAAAAGUAAUUUAUUUUUAAGACACAUUAGUACAAGUGGAAUCCAAAUUAAUAAUAUACACGGUAAUGAAUACUAGA